GCGAUAGUGGAAUUUGACUAUAAGGCUCAACACGAAGAUGAGCUGACAAUCAGCGUGGGUGAUAUCAUCACCAACAUCAGGAAGGAGGAUGGAGGCUGGUGGGAAGGACAGGUCAAAGGCAGAAGAGGAGAUAAGGAAGGAGGUGAAGAAAGAAAACCUCUCCAGCAAGGCAACGGAGAAGACGAUGCACGACGCAGCCAAUGGAAGCUCUUUGUUGUCUUCUGACACCAUCAUUAGAAGCAAGAGAGGAGAACGAAGCCGCCGGCGGAGAUGCCAGGUGGCCUUCAGCUACCUGCCUCAGAAUGACGACGAGCUGGAAUUGAAAGUCGGGGACAUCAUAGAGGUGGUUGGAGAAGUGGAGGAAGGAUGGUGGGAAGGCGUCCUGAACGGGAAAACUGGAAUGUUUCCUUCCAACUUCAUAAAGGAACUCUCUGGAGAGUCUGACGAUCUUGGGAUCACCCAGGAGGAGCAACUCAUAAAGCCAAGAAAGACUGCCUUUGAAGGGACAAUUCUGUACAGGAUGGCACCCGCAAAGAUUGACAGCUACAGACGCUAUAACAGCCUGAGGGAAACUACGGGUUCGGAGAGCGACGGCGGGGAUUCGAGCAGCACCAAAUCAGAAGGCGCCAACGGAAUGGUCACGACCGAAAUCCAACCGAAAAAGAUCAGGGGGGUCGGAUUUGGCGACAUUUUCAAAGACAAACCUAUAAAGCUGAGGCCGAGGUCGAUAGAAGUAGAAAAUGAAUUCCUGCCAGUGGAGAAGACCGUCGGCAAGAAGUUACCUCCAGCGACAGCAACUCAGGAGCCGGCCAAGAUAGAAAUGGACAGCAGAACAAAAACCAAGGAUUAUUGCAAAGUAAUCUUUCCAUACGAAGCACAGAACGAAGAUGAAUUGACAAUCAAAGAAGGUGACAUUGUGACCCUUGUUAAUAAGGACUGCAUCGAUGUAGGCUGGUGGGAAGGGGAGCUGAACGGCCGGCGAGGAGUGUUUCCGGACAACUUUGUCAAGCUCCUGCCCUCGGACUUUGAGAAGGAAGGGAACAGACCUAAAAAACCUCCUCCUCCGUCGGCUCCUGUCAUCAAACAAGGGGCAGGCACAACCGAGAAAAAACAUGAAAUUAAAAAGACACCCCCUGAAAGACCAGAAUAUCUUCCAAACCGAACAGAAGAAAAAGAAAGACCAGAGAGAGAGCCAAAACUGGUGGACUUGCAGAAGCCGUCCGUUCCUGCCAUACCUCCAAAGAAACCUCGGCCCCCGAAGACCAACUCCAUGAGUAGACCAGGAGCCCUUCCCCCAAGAAGGCCGGAAAGACCAAUCGUGCCUCUGACACACAACAGGAGUGACAGUCCCAAAAUUGAGUUGGGGAUUACUCUGGCCAGCCCCCCCGACAAGGACCUCCCGGAAAGAAGUAAUGACAUUGACCUAGAAGGUUUUGACUCCGUGGUAUCAUCCGCUGAGAAACUCAGCCACCCAACCACCACCAGACCCAAAGCCACUGGCCGAAGACCCCCAUCUCAGUCCCUCACAUCUUCUUCCCUUUCGAGUCCUGAUUUCUUUGAGUCUCCAAGUCCCGAAGAAGAGAGAGAAGAGCACAUUUCUCUCGCACACAAAGGAACAGACUUGUCAAAGAAAACAUCAAAGACUGUUACCAUAUCACAAGUGUCAGACAACAAAGCCCCCCUGCCUCCGAAACCGGGAAGCGUGGCCCUGGGCGCAAGCAGCAUGCAAGCCCCACCCGCCCCAGCUCUCCAUUCUGGGCCCCCGGGGGCCACGGGUCACAGGGCCAACUCCCCGUUGCUCUUCAGCGCCGAAGGAAAGCCAAAGACUGAGCACUUGAGCCAUGGUCAGUCGGCCAUGGAGGAGCUGAGGACGCAGGUCAAGGAGCUGAGGAGCAUCAUUGAAAUGAUGAAAGACCAGCAAAAAAAAGAGAUAAAACAGUUGUUAUCUGAAUUAGAUGAAGAGAAGAAGAUCCGUCUUAGAUUGCAGAUGGAGGUAAACGACAUAAAGAAAGCCCUUCAAUCAAAAUGAGCGAUUGGUCGAUGACGGAAGGGUAAACAUCAUUCAUCGUGAGUGAUUCCGAGACUCAAAUUUAUGCCCCAGCCAAAAUAACUCUGUGCCAAAAUUAAGGUUUGCCUCAGCAUUUCUCCGACGGAAGGAUUUAGCACAAAUGCUUUUUGACAGCACAACACAAAUUCCACCCCGAAAGAAAAGAGCCCACCCGGGGUGUGGUCUCGUCGUUUCGCACUGGUUGUGACUUCCACUGAGUGGAUUGUGCUAAAGGCUUCUCUACUUCAAGAUCACAAAUGAAAUGAAAACUCAGGCAGUUUAGUGCAUAGUGGUACUAUUUUGAUGAUAUUUUCCAUAAAAUAAAAUGUAUUUCAGAUUAUUCGUUUACAGGCUUUAUAAUUUUAUGAUUUUUUUAAUUGUCCUUGUCACAGAUUCCUACGAUAUUUGUACAACGUUAUAGUCGAGGGUGAAUGACGUUAGGGUUCUUUUGCUUCGGGUUAGAAAGCAGCCCAAUUGUUGUGUUUCGGUUUGACGUUCUCUUACAUAUGCAAAGUUAUCGCUCCCCUCCCACCCCCCAAGCUCCCCACCUCUGAGAGGAAGCAAAACCCAUGUACAGUAGAGUAUUUAAAAAACCAGAAACUCGAUCCAUCCGGUCUUCGCAAUGAUCUGUGCCUUCUUUCACCACUCUCCUUCUCUCCGCUGAAGCUGUUGGGGGUCCGUGCUCACCAGCAGACUUGAUGAAACUGUCCACUAAAGGUCACUGUCUUAGUAGAUGGCUCCUCUCGACUCAUCCCGGAACGCCCUGAGGCCACUACUGCCCAGUUGAGAGGAUUUAGCUCGUAAGUUCCCGGUGGAAGGAGAAAAAUCCAUCGUUUGCUUGAUUUUCAUUAGCAGUUAGCACACGCACCACCUGCCUCUCUUCGCCUCUUGCACCUUUGGAGUGAACAGAAUAUGCAUUACCCAGCAAAAAAUAAAUAAAAGUAAAAUGCAAAUAAAAAUAAGGGAAAAGUUGUAUUAUUUCAUGCACUGGUUCUCUCUGGCUGUUUAAAUUGUAUUUAUGUACUGUCACUUGCCUUGCUCUGUUGUAUGCCUUCUCACAUUAAUCCAAUAGGAUGGUUUGGGUGGUGUUGUUUUGGGGGGGUUUUUGUUGUUGUUUUUCCUCUUUUUUCCCCCUGUUUGUUCUUUCCGACAGUUGUGAGGUUGUAUUUUCUUUCUAAAGGAAACUUGCGUUUGUUCUGUCGGUGUAGAGAGCAAGCAGUUGAGCCUUUUGGAGGUUUCUCUGUCCUCAUUGUUCGGGCUAACUGAAAACAAGGGAAUUUGUUAGGGGCGGGAACUAUUCCGAGUGUUUCUUUGAAAUUUUAUGGAAUUUGUGACCUCUGAAGCUGUUUCUAAUGUGCUUCUACAAACUCUUCUGCGUCCUUUCGUGAAGUUUCUAUGAAGCUACUAAGUACUGAUCUAUUUGCACAACCACACGGAAUGCGAACCAGUAUGUUGCGGGGGAGGAGGGGGGUAUAAAAGCACCAAAUGAAUUACUCCCCUGUCAUGACCGUGUUAUGUCUGUCUCCUUUCCCUCUCUCCUCUGCACUAGACGCUAGCCUUGAGAUCUUCCUCUCACAUGGAAUUCCCCUUUGAGUUUCCUCACGCUC